AUGGCCUGUCCAGGUAACUCGGAAGGUGAGGCGCUUGCUGAGCUCCUCAAAGAAACUUUAAAGGAGCUGCGAAAUAUUUCUUCCGAGUUGGCAUUUGCAGCGGAGCAGCCGGCGGAAACUGACACAUCCAAGAAUGGAGAACCGAUAAGCGCUUCGACUCUGGUGGGCCAACCUGCGCGCCUCGACUACAGCCAUCGAUUAGAGGAACUGGGUUUUUGGGGUGAUACCGACGAAAGAUUUUUCUCGGAUGAUAUUCCUUCAGAUUAUCUGGAAUUUGCAAAAAAAGAACCACAAGACACUAGUGCGUGCAGAGCUAGACCUCUGAUAAUCCCUCCGUCUUUAUCAUCAGAUGAGCGUCGGAUCACUGCUUCCUCGGCAAUAAAUAGUGCUCCGGAUAACUCUGUUGCUUCGUCGUUUAAAGGUCCAAGUGAUUCUUCAGAAAUGAAAAAUGCUCCGCAGACUGCAUCUGCUCAGUCAUUUGAGAGACAAAAUACUUUAUCUACGAUGAUCGAUACCCCGAGUUUAUCUGACAUAAAAUCCUUGAGGGGACCAGCUGCGUUCUCAGCAGGCAACAGUGCUCCGCCAGCAUCUGCUACUCAAUUAGAAAGAGAGUCGAGAGUUUCCGCAUCAACUCAAAGUUGGAGGACACGUUUGGAAUGUCGUUUGGAAAUGCAGACCUGGGAUUGGUUCAAACAAUUCCACUAUGAUCAUCGGCUUGCACUAGGUUUUGAUACUUUCCAGAGAUUUCUCUCUACGAAGAGUAGAUUCAAAAAUAGCCGCUCUUCAAUAAGAGUCAGAGAUUGGAUCCAUCAACAAUGUUGCUUUGAUUAUGAAUUUUUAACCAACGUAGUUUCAUCCCAAGGCAACAAUACCAGCACCCCACAUACCCUGGGAAGUCACAUUGCAGACAUUUAUGCACAAAGAAAGGAAGCACAGCUCCAGAUCCAAAGAAAUGGAAGGGCCAGUAGACAAUGGAGGAGAAUGAUACUAGUCACGGAUAUGUCCUACAUGUACAAGUCGAUUGAAGAUCUAGCUCUUGCGAUAAGAAAUCAAGAUCUGCCGGGUUUUCAAUUUAUAGAUACUGAAACUAUACGGAUUUCUUGGGACCUUCGGAUGCGCAGGUGGCAAUUCCAAGAAGAAACGGCACAACUGAGAUAUUCAGAUUCUAUACUAAAAAGUGCGUGGAGCUCCCACGGCCUGUGCAAGCGCUCUCAUAAAGCGGAUUAUAAGAGAUGGGGCGCGAUCUUUCAAAUCACCUUUUAUGAAAUGAUCUCAGCAGAUGAAGAUAGUCGUAGUAUCUGGAAAACAGGGGCAUUCCGCAAUGAUCAUAUUCGAAACUGGGAACAAGUUCUUGACGACGUGGAGAAUAAUCGUCUAGUUCUUAGGCGCAGUUGCGUUACGGCUGUUGAUCGCGAGCUCAUAGUAGCAUUCUCAGGCAUCAUAGACAGUAGCACAAGAGCUGUUGUCUGUCACUGGGAUAUUCUCGCAAACUAUUUCGAGAAAUUACUUAGCGAAAGUGACAAUUUACUAGAGCCUCAGUUACACGACCUCUUACUUGUCGAUGAUUCAAAAUAUUCGAAAUCAAAAAAGUACUUUUGGGCUUUGAACAUCUUAAAGGAGAUUGAAUCAGAUAUUGCUGCGGUAAUCUCGCAGCUUGAAGGAUUCAUGGACUUUACGGAACACUCUCCCCUAAAGAAGCAAUUCCCUUUACCAGAAGGAAGAAUAAGUACGGAGCGAGAAACAAUUGUAAAAAAGAAAUUGGGUGUGCUUAAGGAAGAUCUCACAAGCAUCAAGCGUCGUUUCAGGAACCAGCGGGAGCUUACUAAAGACCUUCGAGACGGCCUUUUCAACGCUAGUGCAGUGAUGGAAUCAAGAGCGUCGACAAGACUGGGAGAGAACGUGAGACUACUCACCUUCGCUUAUAAUCCAGCAAAUGUCUAUCCUGGAUCUCGUUUUACUCCGAGCUCGAAGCCCACACCAGAAGAAGUUCGUGAGAAAGCUCGAUUAUCAUCACAGAAGAUAUUAUCGAAUUGGAAUAUAUUGCGGACCAUUGUUCAAUUACAUGCCGAUACAUUGGAGAAGCGUUGGAUAAAGAAGUCGAGAAAGAAACAAAGGGAAAUGCUCUUGGAAGCUUGGCCCAAUAUGUCUACUACGCAUCGUCCUGAUUACGAGGCAUUUAGACAGGAGUGUACCGGACGCGUACUUAUGGGACUCUCGAAAUUUCAGGAAGCUUACAAAUGGCCUUAUAUCAACCUGCAAGACCUCAGUAGUAAGUCUCUAGUCAUCUUCAUUACUAGUCGAGGAUACAACCCUCCAAGCGCAUUUGCUCGCGCGGACCUUAACGCAACACACCUCGGAACUGUUGCGCAUUUUAUUCCUGAGCCAGCUUUCCUUCCCUUUCAUACACUUUUCUUGGAUGGUGAUAAAGUGGAAAUAUAUGGAAGAUUAGUUGCAUGGGAGGAGGACGAUGCUGCUGCUGAUCUGAUGUCCACAGAAAGACAAUUCAGCCCUGGUGACGGGUUGAAAGCAUUCAAACUCCAAGAAAGAAUAUAUCCUUUCCUCAUCAGAUGUUACGAGCUUAUUCUUUACGACUUCACCAAGUCGGUUGCUUUGCUUGACCCAAGUAUUCCAACAGGUAUUGCAUCGGAUCCUAUCGUCACCCCGGAGCCUCCUACAGCCGCUGUUACUAAGAUCCUUCCAUCUCUGACCAUCAUUUCAGCAGAAGCACCGUACCGUUUACCAGCGAACAUCGAUUUUGAGCGGCUCCGUGAAAUUUUUGCAGCAAGACUUUCAGCAGCAGAAGACUAUCUCUUUGAUUUGAGGGAGGAUCCUAGAUUUUUCGCUGACACCAUUAACGAUUGGAGCGAGCAUCGGAAUGAUGCAUUGUUAGACACAAAUGGCAACCCACAUCCGACUGGACCACACACUCAGGAAUUCUGGGGCCGCGUGGUCAGAAACAUUAUUGGUGACGGAUAUUCUAGCUACGAAACCUGGUUUCUUCUUCAUCAACAAGCUGCUCUAUUAUGCACAUUAAUGGAAAAAUACAAAGAUGAAUUUUCGUAUAACAAGCAACUUCCCAAGGAAUAUCUCAUCGCCAUCUUGAAGCUUAGGGAACUUCUUAAAAUAAGUGCCGAAGCACCGAUCAACUAUCUCCAGAAUAUCCAGUCCUCACCACCUCUCCGACAUCACUUUACACGUGCUCCGCAAGCUCCCGGUACAAUCAACAUGCAUAUAAUGCCAAAAGAUGAGAGAAGUCCAUUUUUCCACAAACCAUGGGGUCUUUCAUUGAUUUUGUGGGACUGCGAAAACGAGAUUUAUUUGGAUUGA